GGAUCAAGUGGAAAGAGAGACACAGUCUAGUCAGUCAUAUGAACUCGGGACUGCUUCAGUCACAAUGAGAAACCUUAUUCUAAACUGGACAUUUCUCUUUAUUUUACAUCUGACCAAAGAGGACGCUUCAGUGCAAAAGCUGAGUGCCCCAGAAAAGCAUUUUCUUGUCCUGAUGUGUUCUGACGCUUCAUAUGUUGACUGGAGCCAUGGGCUGGAAAAGGUGAUCGCUUCUAAACGAGGAAAGCAGGUGUCUUACCUGGACGAAAGCAAACACCAGCUGCUUGAAGACGGCCAGCUCUCCAUUAAAGGCCUGCAGGAAUCAGACGCUGGAGAAUAUUACUGCAACCAUCAGCUAGUGGCAGAUAUCACUGUGCUCAAAGGUCAUAACUUUACAGUUGCUGAGGGCACAACUGUUUAUCUGCCAUGUAAGACAUCUGAUAAAACGAAGCAGAGAUGGGCAUUCAAACGCACUCCUCAGUCCAGAAAAGAGUUCAUCUCCACACUUUAUAAAAACAGCACCAUAAAGAAAGAGAGAGCUGAUCCAACAUUAAGAUUCACUCACACCACAGACCACCUGAUUAUCUCCAGUCUCCAGCUGCAGGACUCUGGGCUUUAUCUGUGCAACAACAGAGAGAUGGCUUUCCUCACGGUGACCACAGCAUCGACUGAAAUUGAAAACAGCAGUCCAGAUAUAAACAAAUAUCUGACUGUGGCCGUCCUGCUGGCCUUGUGCAUCCUGGCGAUGGUUUGUGUUGGCCUUCUGUCUGUGACGAUCGGCUGGAAAAGCAGAAGAAGGAGAAGAAACAUUAGAAAAGAAACAGAGCUGACAGAUAUUGCAUCUGGUCUACAAUUACAAAGCAUGUCAAAUGAAGGCCCCUGGAUGCUGGACACUCAGGAGGAUGCAGGGGAAAUCCAGUACGCGUCUCUGGGUGUGCAGCACUGGAGACAGACAGACAGACAGCUGAGCAGCAGACAGCAUGUCAUUUACUCCACACUGACCCCGUCAUGAAAACAACACACUCAUUUACACUGGAUACCUAGUCAAUAUGAGAUAUGUUAAUAUAAACCGAAUACAUUCAAAAACACCUUGUAUAGAAACUGAAAUCACUGUCUUAGCUUUAUUGUCAUCCUACAAAAGCUUAUAUUUAAUCAAACAAAAGAAA